CCUACCAAUGGGGGCCUUGGGGAGCUGCCGUAAAAACCUGCCCAGGGACUGCUCUAAAUUAUGCUGGAGACUGACUGGGCCUCAAUUUAUCCCACAAUCCAGGCAGCUUGAAAGGGGCAUACAGUUGCCUUUACCUAACCUCUAUGCACUCCCGUGAGGCACAGCACAGAAUGUGGUCCUAGGGCUGUAAUGACCAGUCAAUGUAAUUACGAUCUGAUGGCUCUGUGGUAGAGGAUGGGGGUGCUGUGUGAAAAGACCUGAUGCUCUCAGUCCACGUUGUAGUGAAGCAGGAAUUCACAUCACAAAACAACAGCCCCCGCAAUUGGCUCUCUUGGCAGACUCAGCAAGGAUUGAAUGGCCAAGGAGACUGAACAAGGCUCUCAAUCUUUUGCUAAUCCAGAUGCCAUCCUUAAAAUGAAAACAAAAACUAAAUUGCUUUUGAAUAUUUGUUGCUUAUAUGGUUUUAAAUUAUUUGCUUUGACUAAGUUCAUGAACCUGAAAGAUCUUCGUGAAUAGAAGAUGCAGUGAAUAGAAGAUGCAGUCUUCAAAAUUUCCUUUACUUUUCCAUUUCUGUUACUGGUUACUCUGGACUAGCAUAGGGAAAUUGGGAGAAAUUAAAUUAGCAGGCUUGUCUGUUAAUGCACAGAAGGAAAUGGAGAGCAAAAGCUCUACAAAAUUGUAUGGAAUCCCCGAGGGGAAGGGCCCUUACUCUGUUGGCUGCACGGACCUGAUGACUGAUUACACGAUUCAGGGAAGCUUCUUUCGUCUGUAUUAUCCUUCACAAAAUGGCACAAGUAGUGAAGAAAUCAAGUGGAUCCCCAGGAAGGAAUAUUAUCGUGGACUUUCCGACUUCCUCAACAUGUACCGGAUGUUAGGAGAGACAUUUUUUCAGUACUAUGUUGGCUCAGUGACAUGUCCUGCAAAAUGGAAUGCUGCUUUCAAGCCUGGAGAGAAAUACCCGCUCAUUAUUUUUUCCCAUGGACUUGGAGCUUUCCGGACUAUAUAUUCUGCUAUCUGCAUUGAGAUGGCAUCUCAGGGUUUUAUAGUUGCUGCUGUGGAGCACAGAGAUAAAUCCUCUUCUGCGACUUAUUACCAUAAAGAGAAUCCUGGUUGUGAAGCACAAGAAGAGGCUACAGAAAACCCAAACGAGGAAUGGAUCUACUACAGAAAACUAAAACGAGGUGAACAGGAAUUUCCUCUACGCAACCAACAGUUGCAGCAGAGGACAGAGGAGUGUAUCAAAGCUCUUGAUCUCAUUCUUGAUAUUAAUAAUGGAAAUCAUGUAGUGAAUGUACUAUCUUUAAACUUUGAUUGGACUCUGUUAAAGGAGUCUAUUGAUACUGACAGAAUAGCUGUGAUGGGACACUCUUUUGGUGCUGCCACAGCCAUUAAGACUCUUAGCAAAGACGCUAGAUUCAAGUGUGGCAUUGCCCUGGAUGCAUGGAUGCUUCCUCUAGAUGAUGAGGUUUAUUCCAGCGUCGAACAGCCAUUGUUGUUUAUCAACUCAGAAAAAUUCCAGUGGGUUUCAAAUGUUCUAAAAAUGAAGAAACUUUACUCCACUGGCAAAAUAAGAAAAAUGAUCACUAUCAAAGGAUCAGUACAUCAGAGUUUUCCAGAUUUUACCUUCCUGAGUGGUAACUUUGUUGGAAAGAUUUUCAAAUUAAAGGGAGAAAUAGACCCAAACAUAGCUAUAGAUAUUAGCAACAAAGCUUCAUUAGCCUUCCUGCAGAAACAUUUAGGUCUGAAGAAAGAUUUUGAUCAAUGGGACGCUCUUGUAGAUGGCAAAGGACAUAAUGUCAUUCCUGGAACCAACAUUGAUCUACCCUCAACUCAGCCUGAAUCACUAGAAUGAAGAAACUGAUAAUACCGUGCCUUAGUAGUACUGCUGGUCAGCUACUUCCCACAGCUACAGCAUUUUUCUUUGUCUUGGCAGUCUCACUGCACAUUGAUAAGAGUUGCAGGGGUUUAAAUUCAUACCAGCCUAUAAACUUAUUCUUUAAAAUACUGUAAUAAACUUUUGCUUUCUACCAAUUAAAUAUUAAAUCAGCUACUGGAUGGA